CUGCUUUGCACAUUCCAAGAACCUGAACAUGUUCCAACGGAGAACAUGCCUAGGUUUAUAAAAACAAAUGAAGAGUGAGUGUCAGCAUUAGCGUUCUGUAGGAAUGCAGCGAGAAUUGGGUUCAAACUCCGGCACUGCUGGGGCUUGUGGCUGAUUUUGUUCUUUUACUUUGCAAAAGUUUCUCAUGGGCGGAGCAUCUAUUAAUCCUUUCAAUUCUCGAGCUGUGUUUCAACUUCCUUUUGGAGCAAGUACUUUCCUGUGCUAGUCAGAGAUUUUUAGCAGAGGAGAACCUGACCUAGUGUGAGCAGCGUCAGCUGUUAAAUGUACCCCUAUAAGACCCCCAAAAUGAGAUUGGCAGCGAAGAUUGUGUGGCUUGUCUUAUGGACUGUGUGUGUUGCAGAAGAUUGUAAAGAACCUCCUCCAAGAAAACAAAUAGAAAUUCUAUCAGGUUCCUGGCCUGAACAAACAUAUAAAGAGGGCACUCAAGCUACAUAUAAAUGCCGCCCUGGAUAUAGAACUCUUGGAACUAUUACAAUGCAAUGCAGGAAUGGACAAUGGGUGGCUCUUAAUCCAUCGAGGAUAUGUCGGAAAAGGCCCUGUGGACAUCCUGGGGAUACUCCUUUUGGUUCUUUCCAUCUCGCGGUAGGAGAUGAAUUUACAUAUGGCGCAAAGGUUGUUUAUACAUGUGUUGAGGGGUAUCAGCUGAUAGGUUCGAUUAAUUACCGUGAAUGUGAUGCAGAUGGAUGGACCAAUGAUAUUCCUCUAUGUGAAGUUGUUAAGUGUUUACCAGUGACGGAACCAGAGAAUGGGAGACUUAUCAGCAGUGCAUUGGAACUAGACCAGGAAUACACUUUCGGACAAGUGGUACGGUUUGAGUGUAGUUCAGGCCUCAUGCUUGAUGGGCCUACAGAAAUACAUUGCUCAGCAGAUGGCAAUUGGAGUGGAGAAAAACCGAGAUGUGUGGAAAUUUCCUGCCAAGUACCAGAAAUUUUAAAUGGAUAUGCUAUAUCUCAGAAGACAACUUUUAAAGAAAAAGAACGAUUUCAGUAUAAAUGUAACAGGGGUUUUGAAUACAGUGAAAGAGGGGAUGCAGCAUGCACUAAAUUUGGAUGGAGUCCAAUCCCUUCAUGUAGAGAGGUAACAUGUGAUCCACCUUAUAUUCCAAAUGGUGUCUACUCACCUCGAAGGACUAAACACAGAAGUGAAGAUGAAAUCAGAUACGAGUGUACAAAUGGCUUUUAUCCCGCAACUCGAGGAAAUACAGCAAGAUGCACCAGUUCAGGCUGGGUACCUUCUCCAAGAUGUAGCUGUAAGUUGCAUUCUUAUCUUGAUCUACUUCUUAAUUCUGAAAUCACUUUCUCCACACCAUUGAAGAUGAGGUCGAAAGACUUGGUGUUUAUCAUCUUAUUGAUCAUCUCAGGAGAACUCUAUGCAGAAGAGAAAUCCUGUGGUCUUCCUAAUGUGGAAAAUGGAAGGAUUGCCCAAUAUUACUAUACUUUUAAAAAUUUUUACUUCCCGAUGAGCAUAGACAAAAAAUUGCCAUUCUACUGCCUGGCUGGUUAUACAACUGAAAGUGGAAAGCAAGAAGGGAAAAGCACAUGCACUUCGGAAGGCUGGUCUCCAGCACCACGGUGCUUCAAAAAAUGCACUAAGCCCGACCUGAGAAAUGGUUACGUCUCUGAGGGAAAAUUAUUGUACAAAAUUCAAGAGAGCAUGCGGUAUGGUUGUACUUCAGGCUACAAAACCACGGGAGGGAAGGAUGAAGAAGUGGUUCAAUGUCUCGCUGAUGGAUGGUCUUCUCAACCAACCUGUAGGCAGGAACAAGAAACAUGUUUGGCUCCCGAAUUACAUCAUGGAAAUUAUUCCACAACACAGAAAACAUUCAAAGUGGAGGACAAAGUACAAUACGAAUGCGCUCUUGGCUACUACACUGCUGGAGGACAGAAGACGGAAGAGGUGGAAUGUCACACACAUGGGUGGUCUCUCACACCAAAAUGUACCAAAUUAAAGUGCUCUUCUUUGAGAUUAAUAGAAAAUGGUUAUUUUCAUCCUAUAAAGCAAACCUAUGAAGAAGGAGACGUGGUUCAGUUUUUCUGUCAUGAAAAUUAUCAUCUAAGUGGAUCUGAUUUAAUUCAAUGCUAUAACUUUGGUUGGUACCCAGAAUCUCCUGUAUGUGAAGGAAGAAGAAAUCGAUGUCCUCCUCUACCUCUGCCUCUAAACUCCAAAAUUCAGACACAUUCAGCAACUUAUCGUCAUGGAGAUACAGUUCGUGUAGAAUGCAAACUUAAUUUUGAGAUACAGGGAUCAGAAGAAAUACACUGUGAAAACGGAAAAUGGACAGAACCUCCAAAAUGCAUUGAAGAAAAGGAGAAGAUAGCCUGUGAGGAACCACCCAUCAUCGAGAAUGGUGCAGCAAACAUAACCUCUGAGAUUUAUUACAAUGGGGAUAAAGUGACCUAUGGAUGUGCAAGAGGCUAUCAUCUCCGUGGAUCAAAAGAAAUAACUUGUAAACGUGGAAAAUGGACACUUCCUCCUGAGUGUGUUGAAAAUAAUGAGAAUUGUAAGCCUCCACCUGAUGUAAUAAACGGGGCUGUUGUUGAUGGGUUAUCGGCAAACUACACAACAGGAUCAUCGCUGGAAUACAAAUGCAAUGAAUAUUACCUAUUGAGGGGAGAAAAAACAUCUCAUUGUGAACAAGGAAAAUGGUCAUCCCCCCCACCUGUUUGCUUAGAGCCGUGCACUCUCAGUGUGGAUUCCAUGAAUAGAAAUAACAUACAGAUAAAGUGGAAAUAUGAAGGAAAGGUCCUACAUGGAGAUUUAAUAGAUUUUGUAUGUAAACAGGGAUAUGGCUUAUCUCCAUCAACCCCAGUGUCUGAAUUAUCUGUCCAGUGCAAUAGAGGAGAAAUGAAAUACCCUUUAUGUAUUAAAAAAGAGCCUAAACGAAUAUGUGCAUCUCCUCCACUUAUUAAAAACGGAGUCAUUAUUAAUUCAACGGGAGACACCUAUGAAAAUGGUUCCUCAGUAGAGUACAAAUGUUUUGAUCACCACUUUCUUCAGGGGUCCAGGGAGUCCUAUUGUUUAGAGGGAGUGUGGACUACACCACCAUCGUGUUUAGAGCCUUGCACAUUAUCUUUUGCUGAAAUGGAAGAGAAUAAUUUACUCCUGAAGUGGGAUUUUGACAAUAGACCAUAUAUUCUUCAUGGCGAGUAUAUUGAGUUUCUUUGUAAGAGAGAUACUUACAUAGUUCAGGUAUCUGUUAUCAGAUCUGAACUUAGAGUGCUGUGUGACAGAGGGCAGUUAACCUAUCCAAGAUGUGUUCAAAUAGAAAGGAAGAUUAUCCUUGAACUAACAUCCACUGCCAAUCCUUCUCUCUUUGUUGAAGAAGAU